AUGGUCCAGUGGCUCGCCAACCCCGCGACGCACGCCUCCCGGGGCACCCUCCGCGACGGGGUCCUCGCGCCCAACAAACGUCCCGCGCGGCGGGGGUACUCUGUCACGGAUGCGCCGCCCGACUUUUUCGCCGCCGCCGCCGCUUUGUCGGCCGCGCCGCCCUCCUCGUCCUCGGCGCACAUUCCCACCGAGGCCUCGAUUCCCGAAAACGCCGUGCUGCGCAGCGGGCCCCCCCUUGCAGCCUCCUCCCACCGCGCACCUCAGACGAAGAAGCCCCCGCGACGCUCCUACUCGGCCACGGACAAGGAGCCCGAAGACACCACCAUUACUGCUGCUGCUGCUGCAGACCACCAGCGCCACCCCCUCCUCAGCGGCGGCGGCCUGCUCAGCCUCCCGCCCGAGCUGCACUACACGCUCUUUGACCUGCUCGACCCCAUCGACGCCGUGUGUCUCGGCCUCGCGCACCCGGCGCUCUACGCCGUCCACCGGCGUCUCACCGCCGCCGCCCGCGUCCCGCUCAGCAGCCGGUACAGCGGGCCCAACGACCUCGAGUGGGUGUGGCGCGGCGUGCGGCAUCUCAGCGGCCAGCGCGGCAGCACCACCACCACCACCACCACCAACCCCCGCCCGCUUGACGGACUCCGCGUCAAAGGCCAGGUCUACUGCCGCAAGUGCGGCAUCUCUCGCUGCGAACUCCACAGACACAUCCAGGGCUGGAUGGGCCCCGGCUACCAGUACUGCGAGAUUCGCGAACGCUUCGGCCCCCCGCCCCGGCUGAUGCCGCCAAGGCAUACUGCUUCAUGA